ACAUCAAUUUCACUUCAUAGGUCACGAUUUCUUUCACUGGAAUCCACCAUUUAUCUCUCAAAAUGCUAUUUUAUGCUAUGUAAUCUGUUGUGGCAGUUGCAUUAUCGGCUGCAUUUAGAAGGGACGAAACUUGUCCAAUAGUACAUGCUACCACGACUUGUUUUAAUCUCGGUCGCAGAGGAGAAACGUUAGCGCUUGGAUUUGACCUUAAACCGCUUGAAAACAAUGAAGAAAACUUGAAUAAACAAUGCGAGUAUACAUUGCCAUGGGCAAAAUGUUUGGUCGACAAAGGAACUAGUUGUCCAAAUUACACAGAAAACAUUUAUUACCAGAUGUUCAAAGAUUACUAUUCCACAUGUACUAAAGUUUGUGACAAGGAUAACGAAUUUAGAAGAUGGUAUUUAGAAAGUGCCAAAUGUCUAAAUGAGCAGAGGGAACAGUUGACUGAAUGUGAAAACAUACCCCACCUUCGUGAAUCUUCAGAAUUUGCAAGGAAAUUGUGUUCAUCUCUAAAAAACUGGCUGCGGUGUGGCUAUGAAAAGAUCGAGGAGAAAUGCGGAAGCAAAGCUCUGCUGGUAGCAAAGGAAAUAAUAUCAUUUAAUUACAACUUUCUAGAAAACAGUUGUAAAAAAUACCAACUUUCAAACAUAAAAAUGUUAAGAAGCAUUUCUGCUACGCUUUAUGAAUGACUGAAAACACUCGAUGAUAUUCAAUAAAUUUGUAAAUCUUUGUUUUA